AUGGCGGGUCCAAACCCACCAUAUUACAAUUCAACUUCCAAAUCCACCACUAUCAACCCUCACUGGAAAAAAACCAAGCUUUAUUCACUUGCUCUCAUCACUGGACUGUGUUCCCUCGCGUACCUCCUUGGCGUCUGGCAACAUGGCGGCGGCUCCAUCACAUCCAUCACCGCCAACCUUGGUGCCUCCAUCCCAUGUACCAUUUCCACCAAGAACUCUACCAAAACCCCUACAACCACAACAUCAAUAUCAACCUCCACACAACCCCUAGACUUCGCCACCCACCACUCCCUCGAUGACGGCGGUGCUGUCUCACUUCCCGACGAGAUCAUCAAAACCUACCCACCUUGUGACGUGAAGUACAGCGAAUACACACCAUGUGAGGACCCAGAAAGAUCUCUGAAGUUUAACAGACGCCGGUUGAAAUACAGAGAGAGGCAUUGCCCUGAGAAGGGUGAACUACUGAAGUGCCGUGUACCUGCGCCUCACGGUUACAUGAACCCAUUCAAAUGGCCAAUGAGCAGGGAUCUGGUGUGGUAUGCCAAUGUACCACACAAGGAAUUGACGGUGGAGAAAGCGGUUCAGAACUGGAUUAGAUAUGAAGAGGACCGGUUCAGAUUCCCUGGUGGUGGGACCAUGUUCCCCAACGGUGCUGAUGCCUACAUCGAUGAUAUUGGCAAGUUGAUCAAUCUCAAAGAUGGGUCUAUUCGGACCGCCAUUGAUACUGGUUGUGGGGUUGCAAGUUGGGGUGCUUAUCUUCUCUCAAGAAACAUCCUCACAAUGUCGUUUGCACCGAGGGAUACGCAUGAAGCGCAGGUACAGUUUGCUCUGGAGAGAGGAGUUCCUGCUUUGAUUGGUGUCAUUGCAUCCAAGAGGCUUCCUUAUCCAUCAAGAGCGUUCGACAUGGCUCAUUGCUCUCGUUGCCUCAUUCCAUGGGGCCAGUAUGUUGAUAGAGUUCUAAGGCCUGGUGGAUAUUGGAUCCUCUCCGGUCCACCAAUCAACUGGAAGAAACAAUGGGGAGGAUGGCAGAGAACGAAGGAGGAUUUGAGUGAUGAACAAACUGUUAUUGAGAAAGUUGCUAAAAGCCUUUGCUGGAAGAAGUUGGUGGAGAAGGAGGGCAUUGCCAUAUGGCAAAAGCCCACCAACCAUAUACAUUGCAAAGCUAGCAGGAAGAUUAUCAAGAACCCGCCUUUCUGCCCUGCCCAAGAUCCUGACAAGGCCUGGUACACAAACUUGGGGAAUUGUUUAACUCCCUUGCCAGAAGUUCCCAACAUUCAAGAGGUUGCAGGUGGGGAAUUGGAAAAAUGGCCAGAGAGAUUAAACGCGAUCCCUCCUAGGAUUAGUCGGGGAACUGUGAGAGGAGUUACAGCUGAGGUUUUCCAGAAAGAUAUUCUGGCAUGGAACAGGAGGGUGUCUUAUUAUAAAACGGUGAACAAUCAACUCGGGCAGGCAGGAAGGUACAGAAAUCUUCUUGACAUGAAUGCAUACUUGGGUGGAUUUGCUGCUUCUCUGAUUGAAGAUCCAGUUUGGGUGAUGAAUGUUGUUCCUGUUGAGGCCAAGGUCAACACGCUUGGAGUUAUUUAUGAACGGGGAUUAAUUGGCACAUACCAGAGCUGGUGUGAAGCGAUGUCUACCUAUCCUAGAACCUAUGAUCUCAUUCAUGCCGAUUCAGUGUUUACCCUCUACAAAGACAGAUGUGAAAUGGAAGAUAUUCUACUUGAAAUGGAUAGAAUUUUAAGGCCUGAAGGAAGCGUAAUCUUCCGGGAUGAUGUAGAUAUUUUGGUUAAGGUGAAGAGGAUUACAGAUGGACUGAACUGGGAUAGUCAGAUUGUCGACCAUGAAGAUGGACCCCCACAGAGGGAGAAGCUUCUGUUUGCAGUGAAGUCAUAUUGGACUGCUCCUGCUACCUCUGAUCAAGGAGGAUCAAACACUUUUUAG